AUGCGGUAUAACGCAGGCCUGCUGCUGCCGGCUUUAUUGGCACUUGCGCCUUCUAUCGCCGCCAAGAAAGAAACGCCGCUCGUCGAGACGACUGCGUUCAAGAAUGAGAUUGUGAAUAUCCUCUACUUCGACGACUCUGCGGUCGCACUGUUACAGGAGCUUGAGAGCGGGAGAAUUUGGAGAUCCAAAGAUGCCGGGAAAGGCUGGAAGCGGGAAGAGGAAAUGAACGGAAACGGCAUACUCAAGAGUCCGUACGACAACAACGUUGCCACAGUCUUGGGCGAGACAAAACACUGGAUCACGUACGAUCAAGGAGAGAAUUGGUCUUCCUUUAAGACAGAGCUCCCACCCUCCCCAGAAGCCCCUCUCAGUUGGCAUGCGACAGAUCCCAAGAAGAUCCUGAUCAACGAGAUCGAUAACUGCUUCACCGCGCCAUGCUUGGGACGCACAUACUACACCACCGAUGGCUUCAAGUCAGAACCGAAGCUUCUCAUCGAGGACCGCCGUAUGUGUCAGUGGGCAAAGGGUUCUGAGAGAUUCCUUAUGGAUAGUGAUAAGCACGAUGACCGCAUCCUGUGCAUCACCAGAGGCAAAUACUCAGACAGGACGAAGGACUUCAGGCUUCUGACAUCUGACAAUUACUUCAAAGACUUCGACGAGCCAGUAAUGUCCUCGGGGCGCACCGUACAAGGCAUGGCAAACAUGGCAGCUGUGAAAGGCUACAUCGUUGCAGCCGCUAAGGCCGACCACUCGAGCGAACUCACCCUAUACGUCACAACCGAUACCGACACCUGGCACCAUGCUGAAUUUGGUGACCACAAGGUCGAGCAAGACGCAUACACGAUCCUCGAAUCGACGAACUACAGUAUCCAGGUCGACGUUAUGACGUCAAAGUACACCGCGAUGGGCACACUCUACACGAGCAACUCGAACGGGACCUACUUCACGAAGAACGUUGAGCACAUGAACCGCAACGAGCGAGGCUUUGUAGACUUCGAGAAGAUCGCCAACAUACAGGGUGUGGUCAUGGUCAAUCUCGUCGAUAACUGGAAGGACUACGAGAAGAAAGGAUCACCGAAAAAGCUGAAGUCCAAGAUCAGUUUUGACGACGGAAGAACCUUUGAAAAGCUCGAGGUCAAGGGCAAAGAUAAGGACUUACACCUGCAUUCGGUUACAGACCUACACAACAGUGGUCGCGUUUUCUCCAGUUUGGCCCCCGGAAUGGUCAUGGGUGUCGGUAACACCGGAGACCAGUUAGGCAAAUACACCGAUGGUGAUCUAUACGUCUCGGACGACGCCGGUCUUACCUGGGAAUUAGCUCUCGAGGAAGCGCACAAGUACGAGUUCGGUGACCAAGGUUCGAUCUUGGUAGCGGUCUACGAUGAGGGUGAUACUGACAAGGUCAUGUACUCCCUCAAACAUGGACGCAAGAACACCUGGAAAGAGAUCGACGUCGGAUACAAGUUCCGCGCUCGCGAGCUCACUACUCUUCCCGACUCGACAAGUCAGAAGUUCAUGCUCUAUGCAUCUAAGAAGAAAGACGGCGGUGGCCGCGAGCAUGUCAUCAUUCAUCUCGACUUCUCUGAGCUUCACGAACGAAAGUGUGGAGAAAAGGAUUUCGAAGACUGGUCAGUGCGCAAGGAAGACGAUGGGAAGCCGAGCUGCGUCAUGGGUCACAAGCAGCUGUUCAAGAGGCGCAAAUGGGACGCUGACUGCUUUGUUUCUGAACCAUUCAAGGACCCUACGCCACGCUUCGAGCCCUGCGAGUGCGAUGCAGUCCGAGACUAUGAAUGCGACGUUAACUUCACACCCAACGGCGAGGGCAAAGAGAUGAAAUGCGAACCUUCUGAUCAGGUGAGACUGCCUGCGGGUGCUUGCAAAGGUGACGAUAAGACGUACAAGGGUAGCUCAGGCUGGAGAAAGAUCCCUGGCAACCAGUGUAAGGGCGAGACCGAGCGAGACCGAGAGGUUGAGAGGCCCUGCGGCGAUGCAGAGAGACCCCCACCGAAGAGCGACAAGAUCACUAGCGAGAUCACCAAGUUCAAGGGCAGCAACUUCAUGGAACACUACUAUCUGGAGCGUGAUGCGCAGAACAGGGACGACAGCGACAACGCCAGAGAUCGCGACGAGACCAUUGUCCUACUGACGUCUGAGCGCGAGGCUUACAUCACCCACGACCAUGGCAAGAAGUGGAAGAAGGCUGUUGACGACGAGAUUGUGCGGAUCUACCCCCACACCUACGAAAACAACUACGUCUACUUCCUCACCGCUUCCAAGAAGGUAUACUACUCGGAAGACCGUGGUUUGAAAGAUAGCAUCCAUUCUUUCGAAGCUCCUGUCAUGCCGAACACGCAAUUGCUUCAGAUCCUGCAAUUCCACCCAAAGCAGAAGGGCUGGCUCAUCUGGCUCGGUGGCGAACAUUGCGAAAAGCUGGGCGACAAAGACUGCCACACGGUCUCCUAUGUCUCACAAAAGAAUGGUGUUUCUGGAAGUUGGGAGGCCAUGCUUCCUUACGUCAAGAAGUGUGCAUUUGUCUGGCACGAAGCCGGUCGCGAUGUCAAGGAAGAGCGAGUCUUCUGCGAGCAGUACACCAAAGAAGAAAUGGGCGCCCCAGUGGAGCUCAUCUCCAGUGACGAUUGGUUCAAGAAGAAGGACGUCAAAUUCGAAUCGGUUGUCGAGUUUGCAACCAUGUCUGAGUUUAUCAUUGUUGCGACCAAGGGCAAGGACGGGAAGUCAUUGGAGCUUUCUGCCAGUCUGGACGCCAACAUCUUCGCUGAAGCCAAGUUCCCUCCAAAGUUCGCCGUCGACCACCAGACAGCGUACACGGUGCUUGACAGCUCUACCCACGCCAUCUUUCUCCACGUCACAGUCAACCCCCGCCCUGACCAGGAGUACGGUUCGAUCAUCAAGAGUAACAGCAAUGGUACUUCUUAUGUGAUGAGCUUGAAUGGCGUGAACCGCAACACCGAAGGCUAUGUCGACUUUGAGAAGAUGCAGGGGCUGGAAGGUGUCGCACUUGCCAACAUAAUUGCAAACGUCGACGAGGUUAACAAGGGCACCAAAAAGAGGAAGCAGACUCGCAUCACUCACAACGACGGCGCCGAAUGGGCACCUCUUGACGCCCCUGAAAAGGACUCGGAUGGCAAGAGCUAUAGCUGCGACGUGUCAAACCCCGCGAAGUGCAGUCUGCACAUUCACGGAUACACAGAGCGCUCGGAUCCUCGCGAAACGUAUUCUUCUCCAACGGCUGUUGGCCUCAUGCUUGGUGUGGGCAAUGUCGGCUCGGAGCUUGCUACCCUUGGUGAAUCCAGUACGUUCAUGACCACUGACGCUGGUAUCACUUGGAAGGAGAUCAAGAAGGGUGCAUACGCUUGGGAGUUUGGUGAUCAAGGUUCAGUCAUCGUCAUUGUCCGCCGUGGCGAAGACACUGAUCAUCUGUACUACUCGCUCGACAGCGGCGAUAAGUGGACCCUUUACAAGUUCGCCGAGCAUGCUGUUCGUAUCGACGCCAUCACCACAGUACCGAGCGACACGUCCCUCAACUUCCUCCUUUGGGGUAAGGACGGCAAGGAACUUGUCGCUAUCAACGUCGACUUCUCUGGCCUGGAGGAGUUCUCCAAGAAAUGUAAUCUGGACGAGAAGAAUCCCGGCAGCGGCGAUUACGACCUCUGGACGCCUCAGCAUCCCAUGCAGCAAGACCAGCCCGAGUGUCUCUUCGGCCAUGUAGCGGAGUACCACCGCAAGAAGCGCGAUGCCAGAUGCAGGAACGGGGAGCGAAUCGACCACAUGCACGAGAUCGCCCGCAACUGCACAUGCACGCGUCGUGACUUUGAAUGCGCGUACAACUACGAACGCCAACCUGGCGGCGAGUGCACUCUCAUACCCGGCCUUACUCUCGAGGAUCCCAAAGCCGUCUGCUCGAAGGGUGCUCGCGAGUACUGGGACAACAGCGCGUUCCGCAAGAUCCCACUCUCCACUUGCGAAGGCGGCCAGGAGUUUGACCACGUUGGCGCGCCGCACCCUUGCCCCGGCUUCGAAGAAGAGUUUCAGAAGAAACACGGUAUCGGUGGCUUUGCUCUCUUCCUCGCCAUCGUUUUGCCAUUUGCAGCGGCAGGUGGCAUUGGAUACUAUGUGUGGAGAAAUUGGAAUGGGAUAGGCAAGUUUGGUGCCAUUCGCCUUGGCGACUCGGGAGGCGGAUUUAAUUCAGAUGCGCCGUGGGUCAAAUACCCAGUCGCUGUGGUCAGUGGGCUUGUGGCUAUCAUCGCUGCUAUUCCUAUGCUUGUCGGCAGUCUGUGGAGGAUGGUUUCCGGUGGCAGAGGUGGCGGAGGCUACGGUGGUCGCACGUACACGAGCAGGAGCUCCUUUUCUAGAGGCAGGGGUGACUACGCAGUCGUGGACCCAGAUGAGGGCGAGCUGCUGGGUGACGAGAGCGACGAGGAAGUGUAG